UAACAGCAGGAAGAACAUCUAGCAAGAAUUAAGAUAUAAAUUUAAAUAAUAAUAAUAAUAUUAAUAUAAAUAGAACAAAUAGUAGCUAUGUGGAUGUCAGCAGCUCGCGAGCUAAAAUGCUGCACACGGAGUCCCUGCCCACCAGCACCACCCACCAAGGCAUCUACGCGCCGCUAAGUCAGGCCAUGACCGACUCCGAAUCCGACGAAGAGAUCGAAAUUCACAACGCCAGCAAGCAUCGCCAGCGAUUCCACAUCGAACAGCAACGACAACAGCAGCAGCAUCACCAGCAGCAGCAACCUCAGCCUACGCCUCAACGCAGUCGCAUUCCGCCAAAUACGUUGGCGCUAAAGUCACCACACACUCGACCCACAGCCACACGUAUUGUGAGCAAACCGCAGGUCCAGCCACAGCCACAGCCCCAGAAGUUCCAACUGGAGACGCCCACGAGCAGCUACACCACCAACAUGCAGAACACAUUCCGCUCCGUGAUGCUCAGCGACUUGGGCGGCGGCAGUGUGGGAGCCGAGUUCUCCAACUUCAACAGCGAAUUCGAUGCCACGGCGGAUAACGUGGCCAUUCUGGGCGGCAGCACGGAGCAGCCCAAGCGCCCGCCCAUGUCCACGGCCAGGCGCAGCUGCUUUAUAGCCUCGCUCUUGCUGUGCCUGUUCGCGGUGCUCGGUUUCGUCUGGCUGGUGCCGUGCGGCAAUGCGGACGGCACCGGAGCCUGCCCAGCCGUGGGCGAUCGGGUGAAGACCCACAACUGGCUGAAUAACUACACCAAAAUAGAGCUCAAGGGCGGCGUCAAUGUGGUCAAUGGACUGCGCGCCUGGGAGAAUAAUUUGAUAUUUUUGUACCGCGGCGAUGCCUUCUUCCCGGAGUUCCGGCCGGGCAAUCACAAGCGGAAUGGCAUCAUCUCGUUGAUUGGCAGCUCUGGCGCUGUGGCCUGGUACGACGAGAUGGUGGACGAACCGGCGGCGCUGGACUGCACGCUGAUCGAUGUGGACAAGAAUGGGAAGCCGGACUGUCUGGUGAUUGAUGAGUACGGCGAGUUGGGGGCCAUUAAUCCGGUGUCGGGACAGUGGCAUUGGCGCUUCAAAGAGCGCUCGGCCCACAAAAUCGAUGCCUACGACUUUCCCAUCAUUCUGCCCGACCUGGAUGGCGAUGGCGUGCUGGACAUAUUGCUGGUGUCCAGCCUGUCGCUGGAGCAGCGCACCAAGUCGCUUGUCCAGCCCAAGCACGAGGCGCCCGCCCAACUGGAGGCGCGCAAUGUGCUCCGCCUGCUAUCGGGGCGCCACGGCAGGCCCAUAGGCGAUGGCUUCCGUGUCCACGACUGCCAGAGGCUGAGCAGCCUCCAGCUGGAGGCCGGCAAUAUCAGCUACAUCUGUCUGCGACCCAAUAGCUCGGAUCAGCAGCGUUCCAAGUCGCUGGCAGAGCUGUAUGCCCUGAUAACCAACAAAUCGAUUGUGGGACAGCGCCUGCUGACCGCCUCCAAGAUCUCGCAGCACCGCAACCACGGACAGCGCCGGGAGAUUGACUCGCAGCGCAACAUUUACUCGCUGAGCGGACGCGAGCUGGUGGUCGAGAAUCGGGGCACAUGCCCCGACGACUGCAACGUGACCUUCGUCUUAAGCGAGGUGCGCGAUGGGAAGGCGCAUGUGCUGAAGAAUUUCACAAACACGGCCAUGUACGGCAUGGUGCCAGCUGAGUACCACUUUAAGAACACCAAAACCCAGAUGUCCGGCUUUGUGAUGAAGUUCUGGAAGUGGCAUGUCGGCAACAAGGUGCCGAAGCAGGCCCAGUCCCAGUUCCCAUCCCAGACAACUCCAUCGCCCGCACACAGCAGCAAUAACAAUGUGCAGAAGAGCAAUGGCAAUGCCGGCAGCGGCAACACCAAGAACAUGAACUCCAUCAAGGACAAGGAGAAGUCGGCACACGGCAAGAAGCAGCAGCAUCAGCAGCAGCAGCAGCAGCGUCUGAGACGCAGCGAAGCCGAAGAAUUUGGUCACGAAUUCCCUCCGGCCAGCCAGCAGUUUGAUGUCUUUGAGCACUUGAUACAGAAGCGUGAAGCCUACGGCGUGCCCUACAAGAAUCAGACCAAGGCCAGCUCUGUGAACGGCAGCGGCGGCAGCAGCUACAAAAUGCAAACGAUCACCGAAACGGUCCUUCUCGUCCUGUUCAUGGGCGCCGAUACGCGUAUUGAGAACACCUCGCAGAGCAACAUUAAGCAGUUCUGCCGCCAGGAGCGCAACGAGAUGGUAUGCCAGCCGGAUAUUAACAACCAGGAGCACUCGAUGCUGAUAGCCGAUCUGGACCAGGAUGGCUCACAGGAGCUGGUCACCUACAUGUCCAGCUUUGAGCACGCCGAGGAUCAGCCGCUAAGCGAAUGGAAAUUGGUCACAUAUGUCCGCCUGCUGCGUAUUCAGUCCGAGCUGCCUGCCUACUACGACGAGAACCACAAUUAGGCAAGGGUCCGCCCGAAA